AUGGACCCGUUCGUUGAGGAGAUGACGGAGGUGGAGGACUACAAGCGGCUCCUCUCGAAGCCGCUCACCGCUCCCCGAGACCUCGAUUGGGGCAUACUCGACGACCUUCUCAUCUCAGAGGAUGUCAAGCGAUACCUGGAGCUGCUCGUUCUCACGGUAUUCGAGAAUAUUGCUCUGGAGACCUUUCCGAAGCUCACCCUCGAAUUUUUUAGCACGGUGGCCAUGCACGAUAAUGGGAAGUACCUUACUGCUCUCGCGUCCGAGUUUAUUACCGAGAGGGACCUUUCCAGUGUCGGGUUUAUCUAUGACCGUUUUUACAUUCGGCCGGUGCACGAGAGGAAGAGCUAUAAGAAUUAUCUGGAGGACCUACAGAAGAGGGGUCCUGCUUCCGAGCCUUCCCACACUGCCGUCGGUCCAUCAGGCGCGGGUACCGACGGGCAGCCGGAUCAUGGGGCAUCUCAGCCGCCUCCUGCGACCGAUGGACCCUCCGAGGCAUUCUCUGAGCACGUUCCGGCUUGGUUCACCGAGUUCCAAACUCGGAAUGACGAGCACCUGCGGUCCAUUCAGGCGGACAUGAUGAUGUACAAUGCGAACCAGGAGGCUCGGUGGAAGGCGCAUGACGAUGAGUGGCGGUCGUACACUACCACCAACGAUGCUCGUUGGACGGCGUUGAACGCGGCUAUCACGAGAAACGACGAUCUUCUGACGGCUCACGAUAGCCGAUGGGACGCCUGGGAGGACAAGCAGCAGUAA